CAUGGAAACUUCCCAGACGCACAGCUCCGAAAGCAUGUCCAAGGACCUGUCAGAACUGAUGAAGGAAGCCACCAAGGAGGUGCACGAGCAGGCAGAGAACACUCCGUUCAUGAAGAAUUUUCAGAAGGGACAAGUGUCACUCCAGGAGUUUAAGCUGGUUACAGCAUCUUUGUACUUCAUCUACUCUGCUCUGGAGGAAGAGAUUGAACGUAACAAGAACAACCCAGUUUAUGCCCCUGUGUAUUUUCCGGCGGAGCUGCACCGGAAAGCUGCCCUGGAGGAAGACUUGGAGUACUUCUAUGGCAGCAACUGGAGGGAAGAGAUCCCGUGUCCUGAGGCUACUCAGAAAUACGUUGAGAGGCUCCACCAUGUGGGCAAGAACCAACCAGAGCUCCUGGUGGCCCAUGCCUACACUCGGUAUUUGGGAGACCUGUCUGGGGGACAGGUGCUGAAGAAAAUUGCCCAAAAGGCCCUCCAGCUGCCCAGCACUGGAGAAGGGCUGGCUUUCUUCUCCUUUGAUGGAGUCUCCAAUGCCACCAAGUUCAAGCAGCUCUAUCGCUCCCGCAUGAAUGCCAUUGAGAUGGAUCUUGCCACUAAGAAGAGAGUCUUGGAGGAGGCCAAGAACGCAUUCCUGNCUUCUUCUCAGGUGUUUGAGGCACUGCAGGAGCUGGUGUCUAAGGGCCAGGAGAAUGGCCACCCUGUGCAGCUGAAGGCAGAACUUCGCACAAGGAACGUUAACAAAUCACAUGAGCACGGUCCAAUGCCUGGGAAAGAAAGUGAGAAGACAAACAAGAGACACACAGGCAUGAUGCCCAUCACUCCCUUGGUGCGGUGGAUCCUGGCGCUCAGCUUCCUAGCCACAACAGUUGCCGUGGGCUUAUUUGCCAUGUGA